AUGGCGGGCUGGUGCCGACUUGAUGCAGAGUUGGUGUCGACUUGGUGCCUAACUGAAGGCCUAACUGUUCGGCCUAAUUCUAUUGGCUGGGCCGUGACGCCUGAGGGAGUAGAAAAUGAAUCUAGCUCUUGGAGCAACUUGACUGUGGUAGACCCCGUUGAACUGAGGCACCUAUUGGAGAGCCACUUCAGCCGACUUGGCGAAGUGGGUGGCGGCGACGUGACGGGUGCACAAUCCAAACAAACAAUGGAGCGGGAGAAAAAGCGACGGGCCACAGCGUCAGCCGGAAUUCGGUGUGGAGAUUGUGAGAGCCGAGCUCAUGAGGCCGUCUGGCUAGGGCAGGCGGCAUUGAGUGGAGGGUGUGUCCGUCGAGAGUAG